AUGGCGGCGGCGCUGAGGGGCCGCGCGGGCCCGGGCGGGGCCCCGGCGCUGUGGCGGCUCCAGGGCCGGCGGCGAAGCUCGUUCGACGUGGCCGUGGUCGGUGCGGGGAUCGUGGGCCUGGCCACGGCCCGGGAGCUGCAGCAGCGCCACCCCUCGCUGGCCUUGGCCGUGCUGGAGAAGGAGCAGGAGCCAGCCCAUCACCAGAGUGGCCACAACAGUGGUGUGAUCCACAGUGGGAUUUACUACACUCCUGGCUCCCUGAAGGCCAGGCUGUGCGUGCAGGGGGCAGCCCUGUGCUACAGAUACUGUGACCAGAAGGGCAUUCCCUACAAGCAGUGUGGGAAGCUGAUUGUGGCUGUGGAACAGGAUGAGAUCCCAAGGCUCAAAGCUCUGUACGAGAGGGGGCUGCAGAACAAUGUCCCAGGGCUGAAACUCAUUGGAGCCAAGGAAAUCCAGGAGAAGGAGCCCUUCUGCAGGGGACUGAUGGCCCUGGACUCUCCCUACACUGGCAUUGUGGAUUACAAACAAGUGGCCCAGUCCUAUGCCAGAGACUUCCAGGAAGCAGGGGGCACAAUCCUGACUGGUUUUGAGGUCACAGACAUGGAGAUGGCCAAAGAAAGUCCUGCACAAAGUGAAGAUGGGCUGAAAUACCCAGUCAUUGUUAGGAGCAAAAAGGGGCAGGAGGUGUCCUGUGGGCACAUCCUGACCUGUGCUGGGCUCCACUCCGACCGCCUGGCGCGGAUCAGCGGCUGCAGCCCCCAGCCCAGGAUUGUCCCUUUCCGGGGGGAUUAUCUGCUGCUAAAACCAGAAAAGUCUUAUUUGGUCAAAGGAAAUAUUUAUCCAGUCCCCAACCCUCGUUUCCCAUUCCUGGGCUUCCAUUUCACUCCCAGGAUGGAUGGCAGUGUCUGGCUUGGCCCUAAUGCAGUGCUGGCCUUUAAGAGAGAGGGCUACAAACUCCUGGACUUCAGCCCUGGGGACUUCUUGGAUGCUGUCACCUACAGUGGGCUGUGGAAGCUGGUGCUGAGGAACGUGUCCUACGGCCUGGGGGAGCUGUACAGAGCCUUCUCCCUCAGUGCCCAGGUCAGGCAGCUGCAGAGGUUCAUCCCUGAGGUCACCACCAAUGAUGUUCUCAGGGGUCCCUCAGGUGUGAGAGCCCAGGCCCUGGACAGCGAGGGCAAUCUGGUGGAUGACUUUGUGUUUGAUGGGGGCUCGGGGCCCGUGGGCAGCAGGAUCCUGCACGUCAGGAACGCUCCCUCCCCCGCGGCCACCUCCUCCCUGGCCAUCGCCGCCGCCAUCGCCGACGAGGCGCAGCGCCGCUUCCGGCUCUGAGGGAGCAGGAAUGCCAGCAGGAAUCCCGGCAGGAACCCCGGCAGGAACCCUGCCUGCUGCCCCUCUGCAGCCUGCCACUGCCCCCGAGGGACACACAGCCACCAGGCACUGUUCUGGGCCCGCUCUGUGCUGAGAAGGGUUUGGCCAUGGAGCAGCCGUGGCGGGCUGUGCAGCACAGGCACGGCAGGCUGGCAUCCCUCCCUGUGCUGGGAUCGUUCCCCGUGCUGGGAUCCCUCCCUGUGCUGGCAUCCCUCCCUGUGCUGGGAUCCCUCCCCGUGCUGGGAUCCCUCCCCGUGCUGGAAUCCCUCCCCGUGCUGGGAUCCCUCCCCGUGCUGGGAUCCCUCUCUGUGCUGGGAUCCCUCCCCGUGCUGGGAUCCCUCUCUGUGCUGGGAUCCCUCCCUGUUCCCUGUGCUGGGAUCCCUCCGUGUGCUGAGAUCCCUCUCUGUGCUGGGAUCCCUCCCUGUGCUGGGAUCCCUCUCUGUGCUGGGAUCCCUCCCCGUGCUGGGAUCCCUCUCUGUGCUGGGAUCCCUCCCCGUGCUGGGAUCCCUCUCUGUGCUGGGAUCCCUCUCUGUGCUGGGAUCCCUCCGUGUGCUGGGAUCCCUCUCUGUGCUGGGAUCCCUCUCUGUGCUGGGAUCCCUCCCCGUGCUGGGAUCCCUCCCCGUGCUGGGAUCCCUCCCUCUGCUGGGACCCCUCCCUGUGCUGGGAUUUUCCUCCUGGAUUUGCCAUGGUUGUGCUCACAGUGCUGCCUCCUCUGAGAAACCUCAGGCCUCCUCACAAGCCACAGGCGUGGUGGCUCUGAUGCCACUGAGAUUGGGUGUGCAGCCCUCAGGAUGGCACGGAGGUAAUGGAACAGGAGGAUAAACCCUGCUGAUGUGGAAUUAAAGGCUUUGGCAGAGAUUGAGAACAA